AUGCAAUCGAAUAAUAAAGAAGCUCAAAUACUCUUAGCUAUCGAAGCUAUUCGAAAAGAUAAAAAAUUAAAAUUUCGAUCAAAAAGCCAUAAUUUGACUGAUUUGGAAGAGGAAGUACUUAUUCAAUAUAUAUUCGAUGUAGACGAAAGAGGAUUUAGUCCUCGAAUAAGUGAUGUGGAAGAUAUGGCGAAUUAUAUACUCGAAACGCGGGGUGUGAAGAAGGUUGGAAAGCUCUGGGCUCAUCGCUUUGUGAAACGAUAUACAGAAUUAAAGAUGUGUUUUAAUCGCAUUUAUGAUUUUCAAAAAGCUCUCUGCGAAGAUUCAGAGCUUAUUGAAAGAUGGUUUCGAUUAAUAUUGAAUAUGCAGGCCAAAUAUGGUAUUCUGGACUGCGAUUUCUACAACUUCGAUGAGACAGGUUUUAUGAUGGGACAAAUAUCAUCACAUAUAGUAGUUACUAAAGCUGAUCGAUGUGGAAGAAGCAAAGCUAUACAAUCAGGCAAUCGGGAAUAG